AUUUGGUUUAUGUUAGUUCUAUUUCAAUCAUUUGCCACAUCUUUCUUUUGUUCACUGUUUUUAUUGUGGCUUGUUAUGUUUUAAAAUUUAUGUUUUCGUUUUUUCUACGCCUUCGCCAUCGGCAUUUUAAAUUAAAAGUCAAACAAAACCAACUACGACAUAUUUGCGACCUUUUGCUGUAUUCUUAGCACUAUGAAAACAGCGGUUUCUGUCGGGUAUAAAAGACUACGGCUUUGUUGACUCGUAGUGACAGUUCUCACAUACAAUUCGCCGUGUUUAGUACAAACUGAAGUUCCUGGUCUCUAAAUUUUAGCACAAUAAACAAACUCCUCAAAAUGAAACUCUUCCUCGUCACCUUCGCACUAAUUGCCAGCGCAGCUGCCGAUGUCAGCCACCUGAACCGUGAAUACUUGCCACCUGUGCAACAUGGCCACCGUAGCGGUAGUGGCAGUUCGCACUACAGUGCUGUUGGUGGUUCAGCCGGCUUCGGAACAAGCGUCGGUUCAAGCUUUGGCGCUAGCGCCGGACACACCGGUUCAGUGUCCUACAGCAGUCAGCAACACAGCCACGAUUUUGGGCAUGGACAACAAUCGCAAGCGGUGCAUGUCAACUAUGGCAGCGCACCAGUAGCACCGGCUUCAGUAUCAGCACCAGAGCCAGAGCCAGCUGCAGUGGCACCAAUCGAAGAUGACAGCGCCGUCUCUUAUGGCUCAUACGGUCAGGAUGAAGUGGAGCAACAAUACCAAGGUGCUGCCGAAGUGGAACAGCAACAAGUUGAUGCUGUUGUUAGUGGUGCUGACGAUGACACCGGUGCCGUCUAUGGUGGCAGCUACGAUUUGAGCAGUCAAGAUGCUGGCGUACAAGAUUUCGGCCACAACAGCCUGUUGACCUAUGAUAGCUAUGGCAACAAUGCGGGCGCUCACGAAUCACAUGUGAGUUUGGCAGCAGCACAAGGUCCCGCUAUCCGCACACCACUGCCCGCGUCGUUCUCACACGCCGCAUCGCAUGAUGCUGUGCAACAGUAUGUGAGUGCUGGUGCCGGCGCUUCGUCUGGUGUGGAGACACAAUAUGGUUCCAAUGGUGGUUAUAUCUAUUAAAUUUAGUUUUUAGAGUAUCGCAACUCGAAGUAGCACUUGUAGUUCUAUAGUUUUUUAAGCGGGGUGAAGAAAACGAAAAUAAAAAUUUUCAAAAUAUAAUUAAAAAAAAGUUCUAAAAA